AUGGAUGGCAAUAGAAUUGCUGAAUGUGUUGUAUCCACUUUCAAUAAGCUCCCGUCACACGGCAAACCUGCUACGAGAUCCAACAAUACGAAAGAAUGGACGGUUUUAGCAUCUAUUGUAGCGUUAAUAGAUGAUGAAGUUGUUCCCAUUUGUUUGUCUACUGGGGUCAAAACUCUUCCCGAAAAGUUUAGAACUUACUCUGGAGGCUUAAUGGUUCACGAUCUACAUGCUGAAAUAUUGGUGUUUAGGCUAUUCAAUUGGUACCUACUUGAAGAGUGCUCUCGUGAGAGCGAUACAUCCAUCUUAGUCGAGAGAACUGAGGAAGGUUCAUUCAGAAUAAAGGACGGGAUAAAGCUAGCACUAUUUGUAACUGAGCCACCAUGUGGUGACAGUUCAAUGAGCUAUAUAAUUAAUGAAUUUGAAGACCAAACAAUAUGGAAUAGUUGUGGGGAUGCCAAAGAUACUGCUGAUGACAUUCCUAGUUCUCUGAAGAGAAAGAAAGUCACAAGGGGUCGCCAAUAUAUUGAUAGUUUGGGAAUAGUGAGAACCAAGCCCGGUAGGCUCGACUCGCCCAUAAGUUUAAGCAAAUCGUGCUCUGAUAAGAUUUGUAUGAAGCAAUUGACAGGGAUAACAAACUGCAUUACUUCACCACUCUUUCCGCAGGGAAUAUUUCUAGACUACCUUGUUCUAGAUCUGGCAAAGUUCAGCCAAGUAGACAUGGAGAGAUGCUUUAAGGAACGGUUUACUGUGGAACAUGUGCAUCCUAUUAAAAUAUUGGAAUAUGGUUCCAAUGCUGUAUCUGCCUUCGGAUAUCUGAAAGAGGACAAAGCAUCCACUUCUUCAUUGUCUCUUCUUUACGUCGUGCUUACGAAAACUCGACAAGUUCUCAACAAUGGAGUUAAAGAUGGUGCAUAUUCGAAGAAUAAACCACCUAAGAAGGGUGGAGAGAGUCUCAUAUGCAAUCAAAAGUUGUUCCAGAAGGCUAGACCACUUUUGAAGACAACAGCUAAGAGCUACGUAGAAUUCAAAGAUGGGCAAUUAGAAAGACAGAAGUUGAAGGAGCUUGGUAGACAAGUACUUGGAAAUUGGACUCAGACUGGCCAAGACGACUUUGCACUUGAAAUGGAGUAG